ACCACACGUCCAGUCCACGCCGCCAGCGCCCAACAAACCCGUUCCUUUCGUCUACCUGUCCGCUCCGCCCUGCUCGACCCAUCCAUCCAUCCGUAGCACGUACUGUACCGCACGGAACCGCAUCGCACCACUCGUUGCUGGGUUUUUCUACCCCCCAUGCGGCUCCGGGCCUCCGGCUAGGGGGCCAUUUCCGCCCGGAACCUGCUGAAGUUCUAUGUUCCCGUGGUCCUUGCGAUCAGCAGCUCGCCGCUUGGCUGCCGCCACACGCGCAGCAGCCUCGGCUGCGGUGGCGGCUCGAUCACCUUCACCGGCACCGUGGCAAGAAAGGCCGCCUGCUGUCGAGGAUAGAGAGGAGCACCAGCAGCGGGCCGCCGUGUGGGAUGAUGAUCACCGUCGACCUCGCCGGAGCGAUUUCUCAUGUGCUACAAAGGCCUCAGAAGAUCAUUCUGGCUUGACCCGACAACUUCUAGAUUUUCAACAUGAUACUGUAGAUGAGACGGAUGGAGGAUAUGAUCCAUUCAGUCAACUAAAAGAGAGGUUCACGGACUUCAAGCAACGAAACUAUGUGGAAAAUUUUACCAAUUAUCAAAAACUUGCUGAGCAGCAAACACCAGAGUUCAUGGUGGUUGCUUGUGCGGACUCCAGGGUCUGCCCUACCAGUAUUUUAGGGCUUCAGCCUGGUGAUGCAUUCACUGUCCGUAAUGUGGCAAAUUUGGUACCACCAUACGAGCAUGGAGCUUCAGAGACUACUGCGGCACUAGAGUUUGCUGUCAACUCACUUCAGGCAAGAAUCUUUUUUCAUAUGGCUUUCAUUUUUCUUUCCUCCCAUGCAUGUGACAGAUCAUUUGUAGCGAAGUAUCCAGUAUUGAAACAAUUGUGUUCCUUUGUUCAGGUGCCUAAUGUGUUGGUGGUAGGUCAUAGUCGUUGUGGUGGCAUCCAGGCACUAAUGAGCAUGAAAAGUAAGAAAGACGAUCGAAGCUCUAGAACCUUUAUCAGAGACUGGGUCUCACUUGGGAAGAGUGCAAGAUUAAGCACAGAAGCAGCAGCUGGAAAUUUGAGUUUUGAAUCACAGUGCAGACAUUGUGAAAAGGAAUCAAUUAAUAGCUCACUGUUGAACUUGUUAACAUACCCUUGGAUAGAGGAAAGGGUGAAGGAAGGGAAUUUGAACCUUCAUGGGGGAUACUAUAACUUUAUAGAUUGCACAUUUGAGAAGUGGACAUUAGUGUACCGUCCAGGGCUGGAAGGUGGCAGCAAGUAUGCCAUAAAGAACAGGUCUACCUGGUCUUGAUCAAUGAACAGGCAUUACUUAUACUCUGAGGAAUAAAACCGCAAUGGAGUAAAGUUCGACACAGCGAACAAUACAUUAUUACGAAAGUAAAGUCUGUAAACUGCCGGGACAAAGCGAAUUCAAUCCAGUUGCUAUGCGUUUUCUGUCUAGAAUCGUGAAAGGGCGGCUAGUAAAACUGCAAAACCAUAGUCAAACGAAACGAUGUGUAAUGCUGCCACAUUUGGCAGGCCUUGUGUUGUAACAUCUGUAUAAUGUCCAUGUAUCAUUGUAACAAUAAGAUACAGCCUUGUAAUGUUUGUUUUAUCAGUGUAUAAUUAUUUGAACGCA